AUGCCAAUCCACCUCCUUGACCUCCCUACGGAAAUCAUCAGCCAGAUCCUCGCACCUUUACCCACAUCAUCUCUUCUUCGCUUCUCAGAAACCUCUCACCAUGCCCGGAGCCUCGCCAACGCAAACCUACACACACUAUCCCUCGGCAUCGCUCCUCCUACCCUGUCUCAUCCAAAGUUGCUAAACAUCGAUCAAACCAGCGAACCAACUUCCACUACCAGUAAUAGCACCAAGAGUCCCUACUCCAUAUGGCUGCAGAUCCCCAAAGCUCAAACCUAUGAAUACUGGACCUUGUUCAACUUCCAAAGCGCCCUCGUGACCAGCAUCCUCAAACGCCAUGGCACCAUGCUCCAGCAUCUUGAGAUAAGCGUAUGGGCACUCACCUCACCCAUGGUGAGCGCAAUUGAGAAUUUACGUGCUCUACGCCGCUUUUCGCUGAGGAUAGAGAGAAUCAUUGGUGGACGACGGUCUUGUGUUGCUGUCAAGCGUAAAGAGCAGGAAAAAGCUUGGGAGUUGCUCACCAAGAGUACGCCGGUUUGGAGCCGUAGACUGAUGGCGUUGAAGUUGGAAAACUGCGAUCUGAAGGUUGACCAGUUGGCGGUUCUGCUGGAGGAAAGUCGAGAUUGUGAGGAACUGGGGUUAGACCGGUGCCGGUAUUUGGGUAAAGGUCUUUGGACGUGGUUGAUGGAAUGGGAAGGGAUGGGAAAGCUGAAAGUAUUGAAUGUGGCGGAUUGCGGGGGGCAGUUAGGAGAGGUGUCAAGAAUGGCGAUGGGUAAACUAAAUGGAUUACAGUCUCUGAAUCUUUACGAUUGCCAGGAACAAGAGCCUGGCGAGUUCGAACGGUGUAACAGGAAUUUGUGGCAUAUACCUAAUUUUGUAGCACCGAGACCAGGUGGUUACGGUGCAAACAUGAUCUUAGAAGUGGAUCCGAAUUACAUACAGUAG